UAUACAUACACCUGACUUUCAACACUGGUCUUAAGUUGACGUGGAUCAUCAUAUCCUUUAUACAUUUAGAACUGAACUGCUACUAGGAUUAAAAUUAAGUUCAAAGAAUUUAACGAAAGUCUAAUGCUGUGUGAAUAAAUACUAAAGGAUUAAACGUGAAAAAUAACGAUUGGAAUAUGUGCACGUUCAUUAACAGGUAUCAAUCAUCAAACGGAAUACAAUCGAGAAUUAGUUUGUUGUGUUGUUGUUGUUAUUGACUUCCCGUUUGAAUCGUAAAAGAGAUAUUAAGCAACCCAAAAGAACUUAUUAUUUGACAAGAUUUAUGAUAACCUAUUAUAAAAGCACCAUGAGUGAAGAAUCUUACAGAGUUACUGGUCGUAGUAGAUCAUCCGUGGAGUUAAGAAGACGACCUAUUAUAUCAGUACAGAAAUACAGAGAAGGCAGCGAUGACGACGAUGAUGAUGAUGAUGACGAAGAUGAAGUUGAUGAUGAAAUGACACUUGAGGAAAAACAGUCUAUGUAUACCGCCGUUAAACUGGGUGAUAUAGACAGAUUAGAAGAAUUACUAGAGAAACCAAAUGGUGACAUCAAAAUGAUCAUGUAUAAUGAGAAUUUGAUUAUGACGGCUAUAAGAAACGACCAAGAAGAAAUGGCAGAGUUUUUGUUAGAUAAUGGCGCUGAUCCUAACUACACUCUCUUAUUAAUAGGGAAUCCCGAAGCUGGUUUGGCUUCAAUAGAAAAAUAUGAAUAUACGUGUCGACAAAUGGCUUAUGAUCACGGAAUGUAUAACAUAGUGGAGAUAAUUGAUGUUAUGAACAAUGACUUGUUUCCCGGAGUUAAACCACGACACAGGACUCCGCGAUAUCGUAGGGAAAAGCCACCAACUCCGCAUCUACCCACACCGGAUGUCUCCGAUUUCAGGGAGCAAGAUUCAGAUUCCAGUGCCAAAAUGGAGAAACAUGACAAAGUUAAUAAAAUGAAAAGGGUUGAUAAAGUAAAGCGAAAGACAAAGAAAUUAAUGAAACGUGUCAGCGCUGAUCUGAUUUCAUUGCUUGAUGAUUCUGAUGACUCAGAUGCUGUUGAUUCUAAAUCACAGACGUCUUGGAGAACUCACAGCUCUGGUGCUAAGAGUCUUAGAAGAAGGAGAAGAGUCCAUUCAAGUAGCGAAGACGUUAAUAAGUCAAAACCCACGAAAUCAGCUUCGAAUCAUUCAGUCAGAUCCAUGGAUCGGGAUUCGGGUGUUUUCAGUGUCGAACCCGAGAAGUUCCUAACUCAAAGAAGUACGUCGAGUAUAUCGACGACCCAGAACACAGAGAGAGCAGUUUCGAAAACCCCACAAAAGAACAUUAAAGACACCAAAUCUUCUGCUAAAAAGUCUAAUUUGCCAAGCAUAAAAGAAACGGGGUCGCAUCGGGAUAUGAACACGAAGUUUCAAAACCAGGAAGAAAAAGCUGACGCCGUUAAACCGACAUUUAAGUUAAAUAAAAAAUUUCGACCUAAACUGUAUCAUGGGAAGCAUCGGGUAGCUAGAGCCAGUAAACCAAUGUACCCAUUCCAGUAUGUUACAGAUCACUCCAGAUGUCGAACGCGUGGAGCUUAUCAAGAAAGUAAUCCAAAAGAUUGGAAGAAAGUUCACACCUUGGGAAGUUAUUGUUAUGAGAGGGAUCGAUGGAGUGCCGUAAAGAGUGCCGAUCAAGCAGAGUAUAUUAAUCUCGAACAUUGUAACAAUAGUGCUAAAAAGCUGUAUUCAUCCCAAUCUUACGGUCAACAAAGUACUGACGCGAAUGAUGUAAUUUACGAAAGAAAAAGCGAUAAACAUUUAUUCAUAGAUGUAUCUUUGUCGAAACGAAAGCUUAAUCCUAGUUUUAGAAGAGCUUACACGUCUAUGGACUUUGUGACAAUCCCAAUAGAUUGUGCUUUGCGUGAAAAGAGAACCCAUUCGGCAGUUCCUUAUAUUAUUGGACAGGAUUAAUAGAAUAGCGGUGUUUGUAAAGAUAACAAUCUCUUAUUUAGUACAGGCUUUUAGUAUACCUUGAAUCAAUCAAUAAAUCAUGAAAAUACGUUAA